CUUAUGUGAACCGCGUAUUAACUGGUCGAAGCCUUAGUAUUAAUGCUUUUCAUGCAAACAAGUUAAAACGAAUCUUUUAUGUCAUGUAUCCUGGGUUUGGACAGAAUAUGCCCGCUUAAAAUACUUCCAUCGCGUUACAUUACAUAAUUCUCAAUAAAUGUAUAAUAGAUUUGUAGUGUUGUAAUUAGUAUAUUUCACCUUAUCUCUUUAAAAUUUUGUACGCGUCAGACUGAUCAUCAUUAAUUUACUUAAACCCUUUACUAGGAUCAUUAUAAAUGCAACAUGGCAAGAUUUCUGUCGAAGCUAAAGCACGUGAUAAAGAUCAAUGACAUAACCCCAGCACUCCUUGAGAAAUGGGGGCCCGAGGAGUGUGCCACGAGGAGUGUCUUGGCCACAGCCUAUCGUCUGACUCAUUACCUGAACUGGGAUGAUCUCAUAUACGGCCACAUAACCACCAGGAUCCCAGGAAACGAGGACCAUCUCCUUAUUAACCCGUACGGGAUACAUUACACCGAGGUCACAGCGAGUAACCUUAUAAAAAUCAAUUCUGCAGGCAAGCUGGUUGAUCAGGGGUCCGCUAAGUUCCCGUUUCAACCCACAGGAGCUGUCAUUCACUCAGCCAUCCACACAAACAGACCUGACCUUGGGUGCCUGAUGCACAUUCACUCGGAGCCUGGUAUAGCCGUGUCUGCAGCAGUGGAGAAAAUCGAGCCCAUCAUUCAAGCGAAUGUGGAGUUGGGGGAAAUCAGCUACCAUGACUUUAGAGGAGUGAUAUUUAAUUCGGAGGACAAGGAACCACUAAGCAAGGACUUCCCAGCUCCCUCCAAGACUUUGAUAAUGCGAAACCACGGCCUCCUCACAGGAGGAGAAACUAUCGAGGAGGCGUUCAACAAGAUGCACUUCCUCCACCAAGUGUGCCAGUGUUAUGUUAACUGUGGAUACAUUCACACCCCCAUACCGGCUAGCAAACUCAUCAACCAGCAAAUUCUGGAGAGUUCCGUCUACGGGAAUGAAGAGUGCAGGUACGAUACAGCUCCAGGUGUGCAAGAAUUCGAGGCAUUGGCUCGAUUGCUUGAUUACCAAGGCUUGGAAACUGGGUAUCCGUACAGCGAGGCUUCCAAACAUAUCCUCGAACGAAACAUAAAGUGAGCACAAAAAGUACACGAGAUGAAUACUGAACAGUAACAUUUUAAUGAACAGAUCACAGUUACAAUGCAUUCGUUUGGUUUAAAAUCUGAAAAUGAAUAAAAACAAUAUCUAAUAAAAAGUGUUCGGAAUUCGGAUUCGAUUUGAAGCUUUAAAGGUUUAAGCCUAGAAAAUUUGAUUGUUUAAAACUGAUGACUAAUAACUGCUCAUAACUGAUAUUUGUUGCAUGUCUUUACCUUGAUUUAAAUCUUGGUGUUGUUGAUAAUGUAAUUUUUACUGGAAGAAAAUGACAGCGAACUGUUUUUGGUUCUACCUUAUCGGACUUUAUUCGGACGGACAUUACUUGAACGCUGGAGGCCCUAGCCUUCAUCUUAAUGUCCGUUCAAAUAAAGUCCGUUCAAUUAAUGUCCGUCCAAGUUAAAGUCCGUUGAAAUUUGUUCAAACAUUUUUUCCAUUUCGAACUUUUUGUCCAGCAUAUGACAACUUUUUAAUGUCA